GCUCAAUUCAAACCCAUAACCCUGCUAAGGUAUGUGAUUUGACGACCUUGGUAGACGCGGGUUUUUGGUCACGACCGGUACCUUAUGGAAUCCCUAGUUAAGACGUGCUAUGAGUUAAAGGAUCACGGAGUGCUCCACCACCAUGGUGCAGAAGAUCGUUGGAGCCUAAGUUUAUUUAAGAAAAAAUUCCACGUGGAAAUUAUUCGUCAUGGCGAAGAGUCUGAUACAAUGGAAUUCGAUAUGAUUAAUUUGGAUUGCUCCUUCGCUAAUGCAGUUCGGCGAAUUUUGGUCUCUGAAGUUCCUUCUCUCGCAAUAGAAAGGGUCUAUGUUUCUCAGAACACGAGUAUCAUGCCGGACGAGGUUAUGUGUCAUCGCCUUGGCUUAAUCCCACUCGCUGUUGACCCCAAAUAUUUUUUGUUCCCUACAAGAAAGCCUCCUGCUUCCGACGACCUAUCAGGGUUUGACCCUAAAGAACACCUAGUAUAUGAUGUGCGCGUUGGUUUCACACAUUCUAGCAAAGAUUCCCAUAAUAAAUCUGGAAAAGAUAAGGAUGACACUUUACCUGUGGCUCAGUAUUUACCAGUGUACAGUUCGGAUCUCAAGUGGAUACCACUAACCGGUCAGGAGGAUCAUUUUAAUAUCAAUAAUCCUCCUAUCCCAGUAUCAUCAACAAUACUUAUCAAUAAAUUAGCUCUUGGUGAUGAAAUCGAAGCUCGAUGUGUUGCAGUGAAAGGAAUUGGUCGGGAUCAUGCUAAAUUUUCACCCGUUGCAGCAGCUUAUUAUAAAUUUCAUCCAAUUAUCAAACUUCUUCGUACAAUUGAAGGAGAACAGGCAGUUAAGUUGCAAAAAUGUUUUGCAUCUGGUGUGAUUGGAAUAAACUCAAAAACUGGUCAAGCCUUUGUCGAUAAUGCUCGUUUAGAUAAUGGUUCUCGAGAACAUAUGCGUCAUCCUGAAUUCCGUGACGAUGUUAUUUUCGUUGGGAUGGAUUCAUCACAUUGUAUUUUCACUGUUGAAACGAUAGCUCCUGGUAGCCGCCCUCCAUCAUCAUUAGUCCGUUGUGCUUUAGGUGUUAUGAUUAGCAAAUGUUCACAUUAUAUGGCUGUUACAGAAACACCUGGUUUUGGAGAUCACGUUGAGGAGUGUAAACCACUCAUUGAUAUACCUAAAGAUAACACUGAAAGUCAUACAACUGAAAAAAAUCUAUUAUUUCCUAAAGGUAAUCGUAGUCAUUUAAAUGGACGUGAAGUUGGGCUUGAAGUAGUGCAUAUCACACAUGACAAAUCACGUGCAACAUUUACUUUCUUUGGAGAAGAUCAUACAUUAGGUUUAGCGCUUAGAUAUUGCAUUCUACGAGAGUAAGUCUCCUGGUAUAUUCAUCAUAUUUUUUUCAUUUGUACUGUUUUGUUAGUAUGCGUAUUUAAUUUUUAUAAUAUAACUAUAGGCUGUUCUAUGAGUAUUUUAUUCAUAUCAGUGUUGUUAAUCAUCGUUAAUAGAAGAUCUUGGCACGAAUGUGUAUCAGCCCAAGCUGCUACAUUUUACAUCAGCAAAGAAGAGAAAAUCAUAUCUACUAUAACGGAAAUCUAAAUAUGAGAAAUCCACUGCAUGAGGAACAAAUAAAAUUAAAGAAUGGAAAGUCAAGAAUAAUACUCAGUAUUCAGGAAAUAAAAAGUUCAUGUAGCUACGUUAUAGUGUAUGCUACUUAUUCUGACAGAUAAACAGUAUGUAGAAGCAAUCGGAAGUGGAAUGUCUUUUAACAGAAAAUUGAACAGGAUGGGAAUCAGAGAGCAAUUGUAAUAGCAACAGAAUUGGAAGAAUCAUGAAGCAUUUAAAGGGCGAUUGAAGGAAAAUGUGUAAAUAAUGUAUUUAACGUGUGGGUUUUUUUGAUAUUUUAUGACGACACUAUAAUUUUGCAUGAAAAAAAAUAAAUUCGUUUUCUCCACUUCCGUUUUAAGCCAUG